AUGAGGCAGACACAUGCCACUCCAUCCAGCCCCUCUCCUGCCUCCCCUGACUCAGUUGCUCUAGCCUCCCUGAGGCUGCAGGUGUUAAUUUAGGGGCCUCUGGGUUCCACCUCAUCAGGUGUUGGCAACAGAAACAUGAGGGCCCACAGCCUCCUUCUCCUGGUGGCCCUCCUGGCUUGGGGGAGCCAGCUGCCUGCUACCUUGGGCAGGAGGAAGGGAGAGAAAUCUGGGGGCUGCCCACCGGACGAUGGGCCCUGCAUCCUAUCGGUGCCUGAUCAGUGUGUGGACGACAGCCAUUGUCCCUCAAGGAUGAAGUGCUGCCACAAAGCAUGCUUCCGCCAGUGCGUCCGUAAGGUUUUCGUUAAGAUGGGCAGCUGCCCCGAGGACCGACUGCACUGCCUCAGCCCCGUGCAGCACCUGUGCUCCAGAGACUGGGACAGCCCAGGCCACAAACGGUGCUGCCUCGGUGCCUGCAGCCAGGACUGCAGAAACCCUCUCUGAGGCUAAUUCUGAUUUAGGAUCCAUAGCUCUGAACCUCAGGAUGGGAUUCCCUGCAGGAAGAUAUGAUGAUGGGGGGCCUGGGACCCAGCCACCCAGAUAGCACUCUCUGCCAGUGGCAAUUCCAACCUUCUGAUAAACACUGUUCUAGGAGAAUUUUCCAAACAUCAAUCUAUUCACAUACCCGUUUCACAAUGUUCGCCAUACCUGCAAAAUAGCAUCACGAUAUUUUGUGUAUUGCCUGUACUUCCGUAUAAAAAUAAACUUAUUUCAAGAGAAACACUGGAUAUCACUACUCUAUAUGGGAUAAGCAGGAUCACCUGUCACAAAUAGAUUGUACUUGUAAAAGCAGAUGGAAAAGGGACUUCACUGGUGGUGCAGUGGUUAAGACUCUGAGCUCCCAAUGCAGUGGGCCUGGGCUCGAUCCCUGGUCAAGG